GGGGGGCGGCCUGAGGAUGGAGCCCUACUCGCGUGUAAAAAUUCAACCGAAAAUUAAAUUUGAUGAAGAACACCAAAUAUUACUGGAAGAGCAAAAAGCAAAUCGAGCCAUGGCUCGAAAACUUACUUUGGAGACAAAUCGAAGAAGAAGAGCCCUUGAGGAGAAAUGCAGAGAGAAUGCAGAAAAAGAAAAAAAGUUUAGAGAGGAGGUACUUCAGGAAAGAAAACUGAGACAGCAGAAUGCAACUGAGAGGUUUCAGCGAGCACACCUCCCACCAUCACAGCGCAAACAAAACCAUACAGUUUACAGAAAAUCGAUUCCUUAUUUAGAGGAAGCACUUGAACAGAUUCAAGGGUCAUUUUAUUCAUCUCAGUUGUCUUCUUUAGCAAGAAACACAAUCAGUAAUAGGACUGCUGAUUCAUCUCCGAAUUUAUCGACUCCUAGAGAGAGUAGAAAUAGUUCUCGAUAUAAGAAGCAGCUAUUGGAAACUAUGUCUUAUGCCACGCUCGUGAGGGAGCAGAGUGGAAUAAAUCUGAAUAUUGGCCGGACACGCUUUCAUCAGGAGCUGGAGGAGACCCAGCGACUUCUGGAAGAACAACAACUAAGUAGUUUACAGAAAUUUCAACAAAAAGUUCACCAGAUUUCCAAGCCUGAAAGCCUAUCAAGUCUUGACAGCCUAGAGACUGGGGGACAAGAGUUAGUUCACACUAAACCACAUGUUUCAAUUACCUUUAAAGCAGAAAAUGAUAAAUCAUCCAAUAUAAUAAGACCACAUCCACCAAUAAACAAUCUUUUUGAUUCUGUGAGUAACAAUGUCAAUGAUGUCCUGAAAAAGGAAUAUGUAAAUGCCUGGAUUGGUCAUUUAGUUGGUCAAAAUGUGUGCACUGAAAGAACUGAAACUAAGAAUGUAAAAGACGGUAGAAAAAUCCAUGAAAUACAUCUACAAACAGACACUACAGCAAGUAGUACCAAUGAUUAUUUGUUUUUCACCUCAAACAAAACCAUUGAUCUUUCCAGCAAAAUUGAGGAAAAUAUUAUCCUUUCUGAUAAAGAUAACUUCAGAGGAGGAUCUGAUAUUAAAGCAGCCAAUCACGGAUCUGUUCCACCUCAGGUAACUUGUAAUUCAUGCAAAUCUCACUGCGAAAAUGAUGUGGUCGAGGAAAAGGCAAUUGAACUAGCACCAAGCACAUCAUUGACUACUAAAAGUUUGAAAGCCAGCAAGAAUGAAACUAAGAAUUGCAUUUAUGAAAAAAACAAUCUAAAACGACUGAAGGGAAUACUUAAGAAGGUGUCAAAGUAUGACAAUUUUCUUUGCAAAUCUCGAGUGACUACCACUGGUGUUUUUGGAAUUCAGCUGGCAUCCUCUGUGAGGGACAGUGUUGAACUAGCAAAAAUGAAAGAAAAGGAAUCCGAGCCACAUCUAACCAAGAAAAAACUGAGGUGGUUUGAUGAAAUUGAACAAACCAACCAGCUAAAAGGUGGGAAGCUUGAAGAAAUGGAAAGUACAGGGCAGAUUAAAAAAUCAGAAUUAAACUAUCAGACUCAAUUGCAGUCACCAAGUUCACAAAUGAAUGGCUUUAUUGCCAGUGAAAAUCCAAUUGUAAAUAACAAAGAAGCAAAAAGGAACACACCAAGGUCUGAUUACAAGACUGCUACGAAUUCCAAUCUCCUUGGCCACCAGGAAAGUCAGUUUCAGACGCCUGUCACUGUGACAGCUCUUAAAAUUUCAGACACAGCCUCUGUUAAUCAAGGAGUAGCCUCAUUUGUGUCCACUGGAUAUCACUUUACUAAACCAGCUUGGGCAGCAACAGGGGUCAGAGGCACAAACAGCAAUCAUUCCAAACCUGAGAAGCCCUCAGUACCAAAAAGACGAACCAAAGUGGUUUGUGGAGCUCGUUCUGCAAAGGCUCAAAUUGGUACAGGAGCUACCUACAGGAAAGGUACUAUGAUCCAUCCCCAAUCUGUUACUAAAGCAAGUAAAAUAUUCAUGUUUGAUGGUAAAAUCAUUAUACCACAUCCUCCACCAAAACCUGCCAUAAACAAGAAGCAAUUUCAGAAUCCAGUUGCCACUUUUAGCAGUGGUGGACAAUCACAAAUAAAUCCUGCUGGAUUUCCUGCUAACACUAUCGACAUUUAUUCUAGUGCAAUGAAAAGAGAUAUGCCAGAAGAGCAUAAUAAUAGAGGCAGUGCAGUAGUCUCAGACCUUUGGUCACAGGGUGAGCCUUCCAGUGCCAUCAGAACAUUCACUCCACCCUGCUCAAUCUCUCCUGGCGAAAACUGCGCUAAGGCACAAUAUUUAGUAAAUCCUAACCAGGCAUUAGAUCAACAAAUCAACUUAAGGAAUUGCACCAGAAGAAGCCCUGUUUAUGGAGAGAAUGGAUUGCGUUUGGAUCACACUCCAACUGAUGAAGAAAUUACACAGCUUUGGAAUGGAGUACGCUGUGCUUUGACACAAAGGGACUCAGCAAGUGGUGAUUGUGGAAACUAUGUAGCAUCCUGCAACAAUAGCCAUACAAUAAAUCUGCAACCCUCACAGAUGAUUGUUCCCCAUGUAACGAUUGAUGGAGGCAGCUUGUUCAAUAAAGUAAGAUCGGCUUCCAGAAUGCGUGGAUUCUUUUCUGCACCAUCCAGUGCUGCUACUAGAAGAAAAUACUACACAGAGUCAGCCAAUAAUGAUUUCAAACACAGAGAUUUUUUUGAGCAAAGAAGACUGAUUCCUGCACGUGAACCUGUUUUGAAAAGACAGAAUUCAGUGAGGAACUUCCAGAUAAAUCCAUAUCCAAGUACAUUUGAACCAGUUCAAGCAGCAAAUUCUGUUCAAAACAGUGAAGAAGUUUCAGAAAGUACUGCCCAGUUUAUGCUAGCAGAAAAUCUGGUAAAAAUGCAUACUCCUGAUAAUGAUAUCUUGGCUGCUAUGGAAAAGAUACAGACACAGCGACGUGCUUUUCUUCAGCACAAAGUACAGCAUUUUGGCCUCAGUGCAUUAUCCUUCGAAGAACAAAAACUUCUCCAAUCAUUGGAUCGUCUCAACCAGAGAUUGCAGUAUGUUCAAGAAACAUUUGGGUCUAACCCAUCUACUGGCCUUUUACAGAUUUCAUCUCCUUUUACUGUACAAACUGGGAUUUCUGGCCAAGCAUCCAGGCCAGGACAAGAGGUCACUUCUACACAGAGACCUCAAAGCCUCUCUGCUGAUAAUCAUGUGCGCAUUCAGAGGAGAGCCCUAGGAUAUUUAAUGUCAAUCUGAACAGGCAGACGGAACCCUCGGUUUAAAGUCUCAUCCGAA